AUGGCUUGUAGUCCGACAGUGACGGGUACGACAACCGCCGCGCUCACCUUCGAGAGCGUGUCGACUUCGUAUAGCGCGGUUGUCGUACCUGCCACCUCCCCGGCGACGACAGAGGCGCUGUUGUGGGUCUCCGCUCGUCAGGACCUAGGGCAUACUCCCGCGGCGGACUGGGGAAGCUCUACGUCCGAUGCGGGAUGGGGCUCCUUGACCCUCUCCGUCCCCGUGUCCCAAACAUACACGUACACGACAGCUAUCACAAGUACCCUCUACGGAACGGGCUAUCCAAGCACGACCCUUUCUGCGUGCCCCAGUUUAACAACAACGCCGGUCGCGACAGGAGCCAACAACGACGCAGCGGCGAGCCAUGCGCGCGUAGUACGAGGCAUAGCAAUUGGCGCAGCCGUCGCCGGUGUGCUGGCUCUACUCCUCGCGAUAGCUGGCCUCAUAUUCUUCUGCACGCGAAGGAAACCGAAAAUGCCCGCUCAACAGGCUCAACAGCAAAAAACAGUCGUGGUACGAAAGAAUGAUGAUAAUUGUCCGCACAAGAAACCGCUUCCCUGUGCACCGCGCCUCCUCCUCAGUGCCCUCACCCUCGGAUCCCUCCACCCGUCUCCGAUCCUUUCCGUGUCCCCGAUUUACCACCGCCUGCGCCUCGUGCACCUCCCGGAUUCUCUCCUACAACUCACGGGUUUCCUGCUGCACCCCCUCCCCCUUUACCUGCAGCGCAUCUGCCCGUUCUCCUUCCGAACCCCGGACCUCCACAUGUAG